AAUAGCUCGAGGAUCUGCAUCCUGCUUGCGCUAGCCGCGGGUGCGAAGCAGGCAGACAGCGGGCGGGGGGUGGAGGAGGCUGAGGGGGCGGCGGCAGAGAAGAAAGUGGCAGAGCCGGUUCGGCUUUAGAGUGUGGUGAAGGGUACUUUUCAUGGUGCAUGGAAGGAAAGCCAAUGCGCAGGUGUACCAACAUUCGACCAGGAGAGACUGGAAUGGAUGUAACAAGCCGCUGCACCCUUGGAGACCCCAAUAAACUGCCAGAAGGGGUUCCCCAACCUGCCCGCAUGCCCUAUAUCUCAGACAAGCACCCUCGACAAACCUUGGAAGUGAUUAACCUUCUGAGAAAGCACCGGGAGCUCUGCGAUGUGGUGCUAGUUGUGGGCGCUAAGAAGAUAUAUGCCCAUCGAGUCAUUUUGUCAGCCUGUAGUCCCUACUUCCGAGCUAUGUUUACAGGAGAAUUGGCAGAGAGCCGUCAGACAGAAGUUGUGAUUCGAGACAUAGAUGAGCGGGCUAUGGAGCUACUGAUUGACUUUGCAUAUACCUCCCAAAUAACCGUGGAAGAGGGCAAUGUUCAGACCCUUCUGCCAGCUGCUUGCCUCCUUCAGCUGGCAGAGAUACAGGAAGCUUGCUGUGAAUUCUUAAAGAGACAGUUAGACCCCUCUAAUUGCCUGGGCAUUCGGGCUUUUGCUGACACACACUCAUGUCGUGAGUUGCUAAGGAUAGCAGACAAGUUUACUCAACAUAACUUUCAAGAGGUGAGUUGUACUGGUGGUUUGGAUGCGUUCAUAAUGUAUUGGUCAGGAGAGCACUAUGAGUUCAUCUGCAGGUAUGACCCCAAAACAAACCAGUGGAGCAGUGAUGUGGCUCCUACAAGCACCUGCAGGACAAGUGUUGGUGUGGCCGUGCUCGGAGGCUUUCUCUAUGCUGUGGGUGGCCAGGAUGGCGUGUCUUGCCUCAACAUUGUUGAGAGGUAUGAUCCAAAGGAAAACAAAUGGACUCGAGUGGCUUCUAUGAGCACCAGAAGACUAGGCGUGGCCGUGGCUGUGUUAGGAGGGUUCUUAUACGCUGUGGGUGGCUCUGAUGGGACAUCUCCACUCAACACAGUGGAGCGCUACAACCCUCAGGAAAACAGAUGGCACACGAUAGCUCCUAUGGGGACCCGGAGGAAACACCUCGGCUGUGCAGUGUAUCAGGACAUGAUCUAUGCCGUAGGAGGGAGAGAUGACACUACAGAGCUUAGCAGCGCGGAGAGAUACAACCCCAGAACUAACCAGUGGUCUCCGGUGGUGGCUAUGACGUCCCGCCGUAGUGGAGUUGGCCUGGCAGUAGUGAACGGACAGCUCAUGGCUGUAGGAGGCUUCGAUGGCACAACGUACUUGAAGACCAUUGAAGUUUUUGAUCCUGAUGCCAAUACAUGGAGGUUAUAUGGCGGGAUGAAUUACCGUCGGCUAGGGGGUGGUGUAGGAGUUAUUAAAAUGACACAUUGUGAAUCCCAUAUAUGGUGAACAUCUAGAGACAGUCGUGUACAUGCUCCUCUGUAUUCUGGAGAGCUUUGACUUUGGAGCUUUGUAUAGCUCAAGAAAACAUUAGAACAAAUUUUAUUCUUUGCCGGUGCCUCAACAUAUGGAAAUACAAAUACAAUGAAAGUACUUCAACUGCAAGAUGCCACCUUUGCACAAAAAUUUUCAAUUCUGUGCAGAAUAUUUAUUUUUGGUUUUAAUUUAUCAUGGGUUUUUUGUUGUUCGGUUUUUUGUCGUCGUUUCAUUUUGCUUUGGAUUUAGCCUUCCUCCCACU